UCGAACCCACAACCUUGCACUGCUAACGUGUAUAUAUAUCUUAUCAAGACAUUGUAAUAAAAACAGAAUGAUUCUUAGUAACUACCAAGGCAUACAUGCUGUACCUAACUACUGAAAUGUACGUUAAGCUUUAAGAAUUUGCAACGCCUCAAACCGUUCUUCAAUUAUAUUAAUUCAAUUCAACUGCAUGCGCACAUCCAACGCACGUCACAUAGUGUUUCCCAUCCUCAUUCAAACAGACUAAGCAUUCGCCGUCGUUAUGUGAGUUCAGUGACUAAAACUAUGACCUCAGAGCCGUUUGGCCCACCGAUCCGAUCCCACCCCACCGUGCCCCUAUAAAUACAGCCUGCAGAAGAGCGGAGAGCGCUCGCGAUCAUUGAAUCUGAACGGAGGAGUCAGUUACUUGAGAAGAUGGCUGUGAGUUCUGAAGAUGCACACAGCAAAUAUAGACUGUUUGCUUUCAUUAUACUUUUUAACAUCUCGUUAAGCACCGCAGUCAGUCUCGAUUUAACGGAGCUGCAAAAUAAAGUUUCCAAAAUAAAAGUGCAUCCACGUGGGAAUCUCUGGGCGACAGGUCAUUUCAUGGGCAAGAAGAGUAUUUCAAGCAGCCAGUUCCAGGACUCUCCGUUCUCCUCAAAGCUUCCCAGGAAUACUAUGGGAGGAUCCGGGAGUUUUGAGGAUUUGAGGGAGCUGAUCACUCAGGAGGUGCUGAAAGUUGCUCUUCAGGCUCAGCUUGAAGAUCCAAAGAGGACACGAGAUGUUUAUAACCAGGACUUGAUGGUAAAGCUUUUGAAAAACUACAUUGAAAAAAGGAACCUAUGGUGACAAUGCUGAUGAUGUAAUUGUAAUAAAAUGUUAUUUUGACAAACUUACAGUUGUGUACACAAUCCAUGGGUUUGGUAGAUAUAUGCUUGCUUAUUAAUAUUGAGAUGUAUUUUCACAGCAGUUAAAUGUUGAAAUGGCAACAGAAUAUUUAUUUUUCAUUAAACUGCUGUAACUAUGGCUGGAUAUCUGAAAGAAUAUUAUGAAUGUGUGGAUGGAUUGAUCAAUUAAUUAAUGCGUUUUAUGUAAGUUAUUUAAAAAUCUGUAUUUUAAAAAAUAAAAGAAACCACAAAUCAGUCUCAUGAUGCUUUAUUAAACUGGCAUUACCCCAAUUAGACCUAAGAUUUUAUUAUUAUUAUUACAAUCUUUCAAAUGAGCAACUAUGAGAGCAGCUUCCCUUCCCUUUGGCUUUGCCCUGAGAUUGAAAAUGUUUGUUUGAUUAUUAUUUUAUUUGUAUCGUUUUAUUUUUUAUAUAUUGGUAACCUUUACAAUUGUCCUCGAAUAGUAAUGUGAGGUUGGGGGUCCAAUGGGCACAUAAAACUGAAAAUUAAUGCAACGUUAACAUUAAUUUACUUUAAAAAGCAACCUAGCUUAUUAAAACUCUUUGCCAUACUGCCUCUUUUGUGUGUGUGUGUGUGUGUGUGUGUGUUAAGGGAGAGAUCCUCAUAAGCAGU